UCAGAGUUUCUUCCUGAACCUGUGUCAGAAAUAACAGCGUAUUUUAAUCAGAAAUUUCACCUGAGCCACAGGCCAUCAUGGAUGUACAUCUCGAUGCCCUUGGAGGUCAGGAGAGUGCAAGUGACAGCAGCAAGGGAAGCAGCAGCACAGGAAACCAGCAAGAUGUUGCUAUGAGGACAGACUCAUCAAAAAUGACUGAUGUGGAGCCUGGGGUCACCAAUUUUGCAUCUUCAGCAAGGGCAGGCCGCCGGAAUGCCUUACCAGAUAUCCAGAGUUCAGCUGCCACAGGCGGAACCUCAGAUUUGCCCCUCAAACUGGAAGCUCUCUCCGUGAAGGAAGAUGUAAAAGAGAAAGAUGAAGUAACAACACAAGAUCAAUCCGAAAAGCCCCAAAAUGAAGGAAAAUGAAGACUCAUAAUCUGUCAAGAGUGCUGAAUUUUUGCACGUUGAAAGAGUUAGUGGCUCUGUUUUCCUGAGAUGUUUGAUCUGCUGGUAACUAUGGUAACAUUGCAGCCCUAAGCAACAUGUGUGUAUUAGAUAAUUUUGUCAUGACGCUACUCACUUGGAUUGCAGCAAUGAUGUCCAAUGUAGGGUAUUAAAAGGCAGGUUACUUCCAAAUUGCACCUGAGAAAAAGGUUAAAAAUGCAUGAUCACUUAAAUACAUAUCAUUGUCGAUAAACCCAACAAAAUUCACUGUUCUUUUUUGGAUUUAUUUAAACAGAUGUAUUUUUAAUUUAAUUUUUGUGGUGAUGUGAAAACCACUUCUUGGUAAAUGUAAACCAAACACCAUUAAUUUAAAACUUUAUGGAAUUGUAAGAAAUUAUGUUUUUUUUGGUAAGAAAGAACAAUAGAAUAGUCAAAAUUCACAUGGAUAGAAUGUGUUUGUUUUUAACCAAAAAUGUACCAGAUUUUUUCCCAAACUUUAAAAAAGAUUUGGAAAAAUUGUAAAAGUUUGACAAAAUAAAUAUCUCUAGGAUAUUUUUCUCUGAUACAUUUUGCUUCUAGUUUGUGCAUACUGUGAUUUUUCAUGUAGCCCUUUAAAAUGCAAAAUUUGUGACAAAUCGUUUAUAUGGAACAUGCCUAUUAAAUGAAUUUUAUUAUCUUCCUUAACUUUGGAGUGUGUGUGUGUGUAUGUGUGCGUAUGUGUUUUACUUCAAUAUGAAUUAUAUAAAAUACUUUACUAGUUGCUUUACACUGUCUUUUCUUAUUCUUAGGGCUUUUGUGUAUGUAUGACUUGUUUCUAAAAUAAUUUCCUCAGGAAUGCAGACCAUAAUUUUUCUAUCUUUCCUGAAGUAGGUAAUGUAGCAGUAGGCACUUAAAUAUUUAGUCAAUGAUGUAGGAAGAAAUAGCAAAAUAUAUUCUUUUAAUAUAUAUAUAUAAGUAUAUAUCUUAAAAGGAACAAAAACAAAACCAAAGCUUUAGUAAAUUUUGAUUUAUUAGACAUUUUAGGAAAAUAAUAAAAUUCUGAUAAUUAUGAUUUUUUAAACAUUUGGAUAAUGAAUUUAUUUUCAUUUUCGGAAAUAUAUGCAUGCAAUUAUGUUUUAUUUGAUUGUUAACUUAGGCUACAUCUGUAUACAGUAACCAAAUAAACUCUUUCACUAUUAAAGAAAUUUGUUACUGA